CAAAGUUGACUUGCGUGCAAGUGCUCGUGAGAGAAACCGAGAGAAUGAUCACUUUCAUUCGGGACGUUCUCUAGUGCACAUGCGCUCCUCAAAAGACUCAAUUAAAAUUUAGACUAAGAACUCAGUGAAGUAAAAAAGUGAAUUAUUAGUAUUAAGUAGUGGACUUAUUAUUAGUGAAUUAGUGAAUUAUAAUUUAUCUAAGAUCAAGACGUGCAUAGCAACGAGGCCACCACCUUCCACCACCUGCUAGACCGGCGACAAAGAGGGAUAAUAAUUAUAGCCUCUUUUGGCACAGGUGAGUCCAAAUAUAACAUUGGCUGACGAAGAUGACGGACUCUACGGUGAAGGCCAUGCUUGAGACGAUGCAAUCCAUGAUGGCAGAGAUCAAAUCGCUCAAGCAGGAACAAAAGCCAACGGUUCCCUCAACGGAAGUUUCUGUGGAUGCAUUAGCUCGAGGGAUCUCUCCAUUCUCUUAUGCCCCUGAACAAAAUCUCACUUUUGAAAUGUGGUUUUUGCGCUACAAAAGCACAUUUCUACUCGACGGGAAAAAUUUGGACGAUGCUGCAAGAGUGAGGCUGCUGCUCCGCCGCCUCGACUCACCGUCCUAUGAGAGAUACGCAAGCAACAUUUUGCCACGAGAUCCAUCCGGAAUGAGCUUUGAUGACACUGUUAAGUAUCUCACAAAACUAUUCGGAAAGGGUGAGUCACUAUUUUGUACAAGAAGGAAGUGUUUGCAACUUACAAUAAAGGACUCCGACGACAUUACAACUCAUUCAGGGAUAGUGAAUCGUCAUUGUGAAGCAUUCAAACUUGGGGAAUGCACCAAUGAUCACUUUAAAGCUUUGAUUUUCGUCAAUAGCUUACAAAGUGAUAAAUAUGUGCUAGUGCGGGAGCAAUUGUUGACAAAAUUGGAGACUGAGUCUGCCAGUAAAAUCACUCUGGAAUUCAUGGUUGAAGAGGCUCGUCGACUCCAAAAUGUGAAAAGUGAUUCCCGGGUCGAUCCCCCUUCCGCGACUGUCAAUAUGGUGAAGAAAAAGGACUUUGCGCCUAAGAAAGACCGCCCUCCGAGUCCGUGUUACCGUUGUGGAGCCAUGCACUACGUAAAAGAUUGCCCUCAUGUGAAUACCAAGUGUUUCGAUUGUGGAAAAACGGGACACAAAUCCGGGUAUUGCCCUCCUGCGCCUCAGGAGUCAGGCAAGAAGCCUCAAGGCAAGAAAUCUUUUACGAAAAAGAAGAACUCGAACGCGCGAGUGAACGUUCUGUAUACGUCGCGACGCCGCGGAAGAAAGUACCUUACGCCGAUGGUAAAUGGACAAUUAGUGGAAUUUCAACUAGAUUGUGCCGCGGAUGUGUCCAUUAUGUCAGUGAAAACGUGGAAGGAGCUCAACCAGCCUACUCUGUCUGCAACCCCCAUGAGUGUUUCGGAUGCACAAUCACGCUCAAUCUCCAUCCUUGGAGAAUUUCAGUGUUCAGUGGGUUUGGGUGGCAAGGUUAUUCAAGGACGAUGCCUUGUCUCAGACAGAACUGUCAAUCUAUUCGGGAUUGAAUGGAUUGAGGCGCUGGGAUUGUGGGAAUUGGCGCCAAAUGUGUACUGCAACGCCAUCCAGAAAGAGAUCGACACUGCUGCUGCGAUCAAGGAGCUCCAAGCCACACAUCCUGUGGUUUUCGGGAAAGAAAUGGGUCUAUGCACCAAGGCCAUAGGAUCCAUCUAUCUCAAGCCGAAUGCCAGUCCUAUCUUUCGACCAAAACGGCCUGUUCCGUUUCAUUUGAUGAACACGAUUGAUGAGGAGCUCCAACGCUUGCAAAAUUCCGGGAUUAUCACUCCCACGGAAUUCUCAUCUUGGGCUGCGCCCAUAGUCGUUGUCAAGAAGCCCAAUGGUCGAAUUAGAAUUUGUGGGGACUACUCAACUGGCUUAAACGAGUCUGUGGAGAUGAACAAUUAUCCAAUUCCGGACCCAGACAGCCUCUACAGCCAGCUCGCAAACAAGCGGAUCUUCAGCCAUAUAGAUCUCUCAGAUGCGUACCUGCAAAUUCCCAUGGAUGAGGAAGCGAGUCAACUUUUGACAAUCCACACUCACCGUGGCCUCUUUCGAUUUAAUCGAUUGCCCCCAGGAAUCCGGAGUGCCCCCGGAAUAUUCCAGGGAAUCGUGGAGGCGAUGCUACAAGGCAUUCCAGGAGUAUUCGCAUACUUCGAUGACAUAUGCGUCGCUAGCCAGAACACCCACGAACACUUUGAUGCACUCAAGGAAGUAUUCAAGCGCCUUGAAGACUACAACUUCCGUGUGAAAUUGGAAAAAUGUCGGUUUUUCUCAAAAAGCAUCAAGUUUCUGGGAAUCAUCGCAGAUGAAAAUGGCCUCCACCCAGAUCCGGACAAAACAGAUGCAAUCAACAAGAUGCCCGCACCGACGAAUGUCAGUGAACUUCGCAGUUUUCUCGGAGCUAUCCAAUUUUGGGGCCGAUUCAUCCCUUCUAUGAGUGAAAUUAGGGCACCAAUGGAUCGACUGCUGAAAAAGGGUGUUCGUUGGCAGUGGACAGCUCAAUGUCAGGCAGCAUUUGUCAAGUUCAAGGAGGUGAUCACCUCUGAACUGUUGCUCACACAUUACAACCCUGAGCUCCCCACAAUCAUCGCAUCUGACGCCUCUUCUUAUGCUGUCGGAGCUGUGGCAUACCACGUAUUUCCGGACGGACAGCAGAAGGCAUUUUAUCAUGCUUCUCGACGUCUCACAGACACGGAACAGGGCUACAGCCAGGUAGAAAAAGAAGGACUCGGUAUUGUGUUCGCUCUCAAGAAGUUUCAUCGCUUCAUUUAUGGAAGACGCUUCACUUUACUGACGGAUCAUAAACCACUUGUCUCGAUAUUCGGCAGCAAAAAGGGUAUUCCUGUACAUACCGCAAACCGUUUACAACGAUGGGCACUGACGCUGCUGAAUUAUGACUUCGAGAUCAAGUUCAUCUCAACUGACAGCUUCGGCCAUGCCGAUGUACUGUCACGAUUGAUCAGUGCGACUACGCUACCGCUAGAUGAAGUUGUGAUUGCAGAGAUUCGCCUAGAUGAGGAGCAAGAUCGAAUCGUAGUUCAGGAGGCUUCGUCGAAACUACCGGUGAAUUUCAACAUGAUCAAACGUGCAACACAGUCCUCUCAGAGUUUGCAACAGGUUGUAAACUACAUCAAAGGCGGAUGGCCAGCGUCACAAAAGUCCAUUCGAUCAGCAGAAGUUGCAAAGUAUUACAAGAUACGCGAAUCCCUCUCACUUAUGCAGGAGUGUAUCUUUUACAGAGAAAGGAUAGUUGUUCCUGAGCAAUUUCGAAGAAAAAUGCUGUCGCAACUCCACCAUGCUCACCCUGGAAUGAGCAGGAUGAAAUCUCUAGCGCGAGGUUAUAUAUUUUGGCCAGGGAUCGAUGGUGACAUCGAGCAUGUUGUGAGACAGUGCGAGGAUUGCGCUGUGGCUGCCAAGGCCCCUGUUAAGGCGCUAUUAGCUUCAUGGCCCUUAGCUACAAGGCCCUGGGAGCGUAUUCAUUUAGACUACGCCAAGUAUCGGGGUGAAAUGUUCUUGCUUGUCAUUGAUGCCUACUCCAAAUGGCCGGAAAUUUUUCGAACCCCCUCAACAACCUCAACGCAGACAAUUCAACGGCUACAAGAAACCUUUGCCAGAAAUGGACUUCCCGAAACAAUUGUCAGCGACAACGGUACACAGUUUGUUAGUGAGGAGUUCGCUGAAUUCUGCCGCACAAACGGCAUCCAGCAUCUCAAGACAAAUCCUUACUGUCCUUACAGUAACGGCCAAUGUGAGAGACUUGUGGAUUCUUUAAAGAGGUCCAUGAACAAGCAGGGAACUUCGGUAUCUUUGGAUGUCGGACUUCAACGUUUUCUUGCAAACUACAGGAUGACGCCGAAUGAAAACGUUCCAGAUGGCAAAUCACCUUCCGAGAUUUUCUUUGGCAGGAAGACCAGAACGAUCUUUGAUUUACUCAAAUAUCGAGAAAUUCCGGAAGCACAGCGCAACACAAAAAUGGAGGAUGAGUAUAACCGCAAACAUGGCGCGAAGAAACGCUCUUUCCAGAAGGGGGAGGAAGUCUACGCUCAAAAAUUCUCUCCUGGUGGAAAAUUUAAGUGGACAGCAGGAGUAGUGAUUGAACGCCGUGGCACUGUCAGCUACAAUGUACGACUCACAAACGGAACCCUAGUCCGUUCACAUGUCAACCAGCUGCGACAACGCUCUGUGAAUACAGAAUCUGUCCCGGAUUCAUUGCCAAUUCCCACGACGCCCACUCAAACAGUACCAACAACACCGCGUCCAUCUCCACGCCAGGCUACAAGUUCUCACUCAACUCCUACACCUACAGGAAGCAACCGUAUUGUAACUCCGGAUGUGUCGACGCCGGAUGUUUCGACGUACGGGACACCUAUAACGAUAUCCGACUCAUCGGACGCCUUGGAUGUGUCAGAGCCAACUUUCCAGGGAUUCCCAGAUGGUACUCCUACUGCAGAGCGCAGGAGUACAUCGGAUAGUCAAGACGCUGUGUCUCUUCCGCGGCUUCGCCCGAAUCGACCAAGCGUUGGAAGAUACCGAGAAGGAUCUAGACGGCGUCUCCUUCCCAGGGGGGAGAUGUUGCAUGACAACGACAACUGACAAAGUUGACUUGCGUGCAAGUGCUCGUGAGAGAAACCGAGAGAAUGAUCACUUUCAUUCGGGACGUUCUCUAGUGCACAUGCGCUCCUCAAAAGACUCAAUUAAAA